AUGACUACCGUUCUUCCUACACAUAACACCUCCCCUCACGCCUUAGACCGUUCGACCGCGUUAUCCAUUCUCUCUUCGCCUCCUUUUGAAUUGCCAAUUGGUAAUUCUCCGCUUGUACAAGAUAAAGGAUUUUCUCUCCCAUUCAAGCAGCCUCAAAUAUUCGUUAAACCAACCACUCCGUUAAAUGAACAGAAUAAAAUUGUUACUCCUCAGCCACUCGGUGAACAAGUUAUGAAACAGGAGAUCCAUAAUGAUCUUAACAAAGGUCAAUUAUCAUGGGCAUCAGACGCAUAUAACCAGACUAUAAAGAAACGUCGGCUGUCAGGAGGCGCCUCUCCUUCACCUAAACCUUACGACUCCAAAGUUCCAAGACCACCUAAUGCGUUCAUCAUCUAUCAUCGAACUAAAUCUAAGGAAUUAGCAGCCGUCAAACGGUCAGUCUCUGAUGAUCGUCAUCCUUCGAAAACUGUGGCAGAGAUGUGGCGAGAGGAGCCUGAACACAUAAAACUGCGCUACCAGAGAGAAGCUGACCUGGCGUUGGUAGAACACAAAAAGAAGUAUCCAUUCUACAAGUACAAACCAAAAAAGAACAAGGGAAAAGGAAAAGAGGGACAGAAUUCAAGUGGUUCAUCGGAUAAUAAUAAGAACGAAGACGAAAAGAAUGUCGAUCAAGUGCCUAUAGAGCACAGAAAACAGGCAUCCAUGGAAUCUGCAUUUACAGUCUUUGAUUUAGAGGAAGAGAAGAAACCUAUUCAACCGCCGCAACCCCGAAUACUUACAUUACAACAGCAAUCCGCUGCACAAAUAACUUCCCAACACGCAUCUCAGCAUGCAUGCAUACCCGAGACACCCAAUACCCCUACAGUUAUAUCCUGGGAUAAUGUAUUACAUGAUAGUCUCGUUUCGGGACAGUUUGCAUCUGUGCACGCACAACCUGAGCAAGGACAAUUAUCAAAUUACGCUCAGUUGGGAACCGAGCCUCAGAUUCAAUUUGAUAGCCAAUUGAAUGGUGGGCAAUUUCCGUUGACGGGAGAGCGACUAAUAGGUGCAGAAUUCACUGAUGCUAGUGGUACUAUUAUAUCUGAACAAGCUGUGAUCGAGGAAAUUCUCAAACUCAUACUCAGCCAAGGAGCAUACAAUUCAGCAACUCUUACUUCUUCUGGAACAUCUGACAUGGUAACGCCCGACAUUUCUGCGCUUUUCGCUCGUGACUCUGCUUCGGUCGCUUCGGAGAAUUCGAAUCAUAUUUCUCCUACAUCCAACAUCAUCAAUACUCCCGCUGCUGCUCCGACCCCGACCGUUGCUGCACCUGUUCCACAAAUGAUGACACCACCAUUUCAAUCGCUUGAUAAUGAAUUCAAAUUCUACGAGGAUAUUUCGUGUAACCCCAAUCCAUCAUCCACAUCCAACCCGAUGCCUCUUUCGCAACCUUCACUUAGUUCCAAUCUAUCCAUCAAUCUUCCUCAGGAUGCUUGGGUAAUGAGCAUACCAGGGGUAGUUCCGAUGACAACGGCCACAGCGGCGGCGGCAGUAGCACCUCCAACGCCUACUACACCACUUGGCUUUGCUCCCUGGUCUGGAGUGGGCGGUGGUGCUUGCAGCAACUGUGGUAGUUGUUCCAAAAUACCUCUACAGACAAUUCAUGAAGGCAAAGUGGCCCAGAGUGUUAAUGAUUUUCCUUGUGAUAUUGUAAACAUGACUACAGACGUUAUGGAGGGGGUGGUGGUACCGGUCCAACAUGUACAGCAUAAUGAACUACAGACAACGGUACAGACAACGCCUGAUGGUUGCUGGGGUUUCAUAGUUUAA